AAAAAAAUAACAAAAUUUAUUUUCUAAAAUUUAUAAUUAUUAAAUAUAAUUUAAAAUCUUAAUAUUUGGAUGAAGUAGCUAAAUUUUUAAUAAAAUUUAAAUAAAAAUAAUCUUAUAAAUAUUAAAAAAAGUGUAAAAUCAUGAACCGUUUAAAUUUUACCCAAAUGGUUAAUAAAAAUAUUCUAGGACAUCAAGAAAAUAAGUUUUUCCAUAUUACUCAAGUCAAUACCGAGGAUUUCUAUGAACAGGAAAGAUAUACUGCUAAAAUAAAAGAAGCACAGGAACGUCAUAAUUUAGCUGGAAAAAUAAAUGAUAUUGUAUACCAUGUACAUGAAAAAUUAAGAGAACGUCAGUCUUCACCGCAUAAAUUAAAAGCGAAAGCGAUCACAAAAAAAUCUAAUGAAAAGAUCACUCAAGAAAAACAACUAGCUCCACUAAAACCCAACGAAAAUCAAAUAAUUCCCUCGGAAAAUAUUGAAUUGAAAAAUUUUGAAUAUCAGUCAUCACCACACAAAUUGAAAGCAAAAGCGAUCAAAAAGAAAUCCCAUGAGAAGAUCACUCAAGAAAAACAACUGACACCUUUAAAACCUACCGAAGAUCAAAUUAAUUCCUGGGAAAGUUUUGAAUUACGAAAUUUAAGUAUACCUCGCUUAAAAGUUUUACGUAGCAAUAAAGAAAAGAAAUGGGUACAUAAAUCUACAACCGUAAAUUUUAAUAAUUUUGAAAAUCAUAAGAGAAUUGUUGAUGCGUUAAAACGACAAAGCGAAUUACAAAAUAUGUUGGAAGAACAGCAACUGAUCAAACAAGAUGGUCAAUCUAUAGCACAGGAUAUAUUCGCAUUACGACAUUGCUUGGACGAUAUACAGCAUCGUGUGAAUAACUCCUUGAAACAUUUGGAAAAUAAAAAGACUUAUUGUGAAUGUCAUGGCCUGACGGGAACUAAAAAUUGUAAGAAAUGUUUAGAAAAAGUAAAAAUUCCGAGUAAAUAAAUAAUGUUUGGGAUAUGUAAACUCAAAAUUUGAUUUUUUGUGUCUUAAACGGUUUCGUGUUCAAGAAAAGUUUGAAAAUCCCACUUUCAUUGUUUUUUUGUUACGAAUAUGUAUGUUGGUAAAAAUCCUCUAUCGAAUAAUCGAAUUUUUGUUAAAAAACCAAAAUCGUUUUUUGCAGUUAAAUAAUUUUUAAAUUAUAUGGAAAAACUCUAUUGUAUGAUAUUUUCAAAAGUAAUUUUACGAACCCUG